AUGGAGGUAAAGUCCAAUUAUGGAUCCACUAAGAAUUCAGUUGAGAAUGAUAAUAUCUUAACACGUUUACAGACAGAACUCAAAUCGAUCAUUUUCAGAGUUUUCUUCUUGAUUCUAAAAGAUGAAGAAUAGUCGAUUGCAAUUCAAAUCUUUCUGUAAGUGAUCUCCUUUUUUUAAUAUCUCACAUUCAUUUUUCAUCGACAACUAUAUGUACUUUGGAAAAACUAGAAAGUGUCAUAUCAAUUUUAUAAAUUCUUUGGAUAUUUCAUGCUAACCCCAUAUUUUGAAAUGCUCAACUUUUCUAGCUUCGCAUCAAUGAUGUAUGCAUUAAUAGGGAUAAUCCUUAUAUCCAUCAUGUUGUUAUUACUAAUUGGAUACACAAACAUUACUAAACUCAACACUUCAUAUACUUGGCCAAUUUAUGUCCUCAAAUAGAUUUUCAUCCUCUUUACUACUAUACUUUAUUUACCAAUACUUGAUCUUUUAUUUCAAAUGCUCAAUUGCCACUAUGACGAUAAAAAUCAACUCAUCAACGUUGUAUUUGAUACCAUAUGUUGGUAGGGUUCCCAUGUUAUUCACGCUGUUGUAGCCAUCCUUGGAAUCAUAAUCUUUACAACUAUUACGAUGACCUUUAAUUUACUUUACUUUGAACCAAGAUAUAAUCACAAAGAUCAAUUAUCCAAGACCUCUGGAAGGGCAAAAACUCUUAAAUGCUUUAUCUUCCUCAUAUUAGAAAUUUCCUUUACGUUGAUUGAUUUAAUUAAAUUUGAUUAUGUUGCUAUUUAUAUCCUUAUGAUUGGAGCAUUUAUCACUUUCUAUUAAUUUCAUAUAGAGUAACCAUUCAAUAAUGUAUUUAUACAGAAAAUCUCAUCUAUGUAUGCUGCCCUAAUGUUAUGGAGUGCAUUAAUGAUGUGUUUUUCAAAUUAUCUGGAAAACAUUAUAUUUCAUGGAACCAUCUAUUCCUGGCUAGUCGGUAUACCUCUUAUCAUAGUGGCUAUAUACAAAAAAGAAAAGUAUCUUUAUGAUCUAUUACUAAUGAAUAUCAAUAAAAUAGAGGAUCCUAAUCAAAUCAUACUAUUAAUUAAUUAUACUUAAAAAUUAUUAUCAAGAUAUCACACUAACUAACAUUUCCAUAUUAUGUUGGAUGCACUUAUUGAAGUACACAUAAAAACUUGUUAAAAAGAAGAUUGUGUAUUUAGAAUAAAGAAACAAUUAAACCAAAGAUUACUAAAAUUAAAAGAUGCAAAUAUCUCACAGAGAGAUUACUAAAUACAUUUGCUAAUCGGAGAGAUAUAUCAAGGAUACAUUAGGCGACAUUAAAACAAUGUAAGAUUAAGAAUUAAUUAUGCUUUUUAUCUACUUGAUUUUUUGAAAUAAAAGUAAUAAUCUUUAAAUGAAUUUAAUUAAAUAGAAUUAUUAUCCCCAAGCAUAGAUUAUGAAUUUACAAUUUUUAGAUAUAAAAGGAUAAUUGAAGAUGAAAUGAACAUAUCAUAAAAUGAAGCACUAAAUGGUAAUCUAGAUGUUGCAACUGAAAUAUCAUUUUAAAAUAAUAUGAGAUAAUUUUAAAAUAAAAUAGAGAGAGCCACAUUGAUGCAUAUGGACUUCUGGUCUUAAUUAUAAGAAGAUUCUCCUGAUUUAGGUAAAAUGAAUGAAAUUGGAUCAAAAAUCAAUUUAGCUAUACUUUAAGUAGAAGAAUUAUGGAAUAGAAUGUAGAAAAUGACAUAAAAUCUACCCAAAGCUAUGAGAUUAUAUGCUAAAUUCAUCAUUGAAGUACUUUAAGAUAAAGAUUUUGGAGAAUAAUUAUUAGAUAAAUCCAAAUAACUUUAAACUUAAAAUAAUAAAAUGAAAAACAAAUAAACCAUUUCCAUCUUUACUAGCGAUGAAAUUAAUUUUGAACCAUUACCAACUUUAUUAAUAUCUACUAUGUCAAGUAAAUUUGCUUAAAUUUCUACUUUAAAUUUAAGUGCUUGUAAUUUCUUUGGUUAUCAUAAGACAGAAUUGAUGAAUAGAAAAAUAAAUUUAUUGAUUCCAUAAAUUUAUGCUAAGUUUCAUGAUAAGCAUAUAGAAAUGUUUUUUUAGAGUAAUGAUUAAUAACAGAUUGUGAAGGAAAGAUUAAUCUACAUAAAAUUAAAAUCAGGCUACAUUAUGCCUUGCUAUAUAUACAUGAAAGCGUUAUCUUAAUUUGAUGAAGAUGUUAUAAUUGCAGCUUAAUUUAGAACAUUGCGUACCUUCAAAGGAGGAUGCUAUCUAAUUCUUGAUAGUGAUGAUGCAAUUGAGUCCAUCUCGUCAUCAUGCAUUUGCUACUUGUUUAUUGAUUCAAAGAUGAUUAGUCAUAGAAAGAUCUAUUUUCAUGAGCUAUUCACAAAUUAUAACAGAAAUGAUUACUUAAAUAAGACUGGUUGCGUAAUUAGUUUGAAUUUACAAUCUAAUAUUGUUUAGAACUCAAAUUACCUUUAAUACUAUAUUAAUGACUUAGAAGAUCAGACUUAAAUUUUAUUUUAAAUUUAAAUUACUGAAAUUUCUAAUUAAUAUUAAGAUUAGGUGGUUGGAUAUGUUAUAAAAUUAGAGAAAGUGAUAAAUGAUUAGAGUUAAAUCUUUGGUCCUGAUGUGUAGUAAUAAUUAAUUGUACAAAAUUCAACUAUGAGCAAUUUUUAAUUUAAAUAUUUUGCUGCAAAGGCAUUAUAUUUAGGGGAAAACCAAGAGGAAGGAAACUCAGCUAGAGUUGAUCAAACAGUUAUAUGGGAGUAGUCUUCUAGAAUAAGCGAGGAAACUCAGGUUGAGAAGAAGGAAAAGGUUGAAAUAGUGAAGAUAGAAAGAAUAAAUUAUGCAGAAGGGAUCAGAACGUUAAAAUUAUUUGAUAAUAGAAUUUAAGAGAUUGAAGAUAUUAGGAUGAGCUUUACAGAUUCAGAUGAAGUUCAACAUUCAAGUGUAUUUUAAUCGAAUUCAGAUAACCCAGAUGAGAUUGAGAAAGGGCAAAAGAAUAAUAUAUUUAGAAAUAGAAAAGUAUUAAGUUCAACAAUUAAUGAUUAAUAAAGACCAAAAGUAAUCAUUUAUUUGAGUUGCAUCAUUAAUAUUUUAAUGGUGGCUGUGCUAACGCUGUCAUUUACAUCCUAUUUCUUAGGAUUGUAUUUAUUUGAUAAUAUUUAAAACUCAUUAAAUUUAAUUUCAUAUGCAAGUUUAAGAAAUUAAGAAUCUAUCCAAGUAGUGAUGAAUAUUUAGAAUUUAGAAAUGCUGAAGAUUGGAAUAUGGAAUUUUACAGAAACUGAAGCUAUCGCAUAUGAAGAAGAGUAAAGAAAUGAACUGAAUAAAUCCAUAUAUGGAUUAGCAGAGGCAAAUAAAAAGUUGAUGUUAAAUGAGCUUUAUAUCAAUGAACAAAUUGAAGAAUUACAUUCAAAGAGCGUUGUAAAUGUCAGAAUUUCAAAAAGUAGGUUUUCUGAUUAUGACUUAAUUGAGGCUACUUAGCAAAUAAUUAGUAAAGCUCUAAUAAUUAGAGAUAAACCAUUAUACAAUCUGACAUUGGAUGAUGAAGAUGUGGCUUUUAUUACUUAUAACUUGCACAAUGGAAUUAUAAUUGAAUAUCGUAAUGAGACAAGCUAAUAUUCAUAUGGAAUUCGGGAUUUGUCAGAGAAGAAUGUUAAAAUCUUUUUCAUUUUUAUGGUAGUAUCUGCAUGUUCUUUUUUUAUAUUAUUGAUAAUGAUUGUAAUUCUCAUUAUAAAGAUCAAUUUGAUAUAGGAACAAAUAUUGCAAUUGUUUAUGGAGAUACCAGAAAAAACAGUAAAAUAUUUGUAUAACAAAAGCGAAAAUUUUAUCUCGAAUUUAUAAGUAGGGGAAGAGGAAGAAUUAUCUUCUGAUUUCUGUGAUGAUGAGUAAUAGGAUGAACAUAAAGAACUAAGUAGAACUCUUAAAUCAAAGAGGAAGAAGAAGGUGUUCAAGAAUACAAAUUCAUCACACAGAACACAAAUUCUUAUAAUUACCUUUAUUCUCUGCACUUUUUAAGGAUAUUUCAUAUUGAGUUAUUUUCUAAAUCAAGUUAUUUAUAAUAAUUUGAGAUAGUAGAUACCAGAAUUAAAUGUGACAGCCAGAUCUGGAUCAUAUUAUAGAUUUGUCGAUAAUUGUGAAAGGCAACUAUUUUUGAAUCGAGAGGAACCCAUCCUUGGGAAGGACGCUUACUCUAUAGUAAUGAAUAACAUACAAUUGAAUUACGAAGUGGACUCUGAAUUGCAUUAAGAACAUGCAAAGAAUUCUGAAAUAGUGAAUGAAGAUUAUUAUGACACUUUCUAAUCUAUUUUUAUGUUGAGUCCUUGUGAGACAUUAGAAAAGGAGGGAUAUACAACAGUUGAGUAUUGUGAAACAUUUGCAAAUGGGUCCAUUUCUUAAGGGAUGGCUGUAGCAAUAGCUCGAUAUUUUGAGAACAUAAGGUACAUAAUGACAAUUUAUGACAUGUUUUAUGGUCAUCCUGAGGCAAAUUUCAGUGUGGUAGCUAGAGGUUGGGGACGAUUUCGAAAUAUCACUAAUGACUCUGACAAUGUGACUAAUUACAUAUAUAAUUUGAAUAAUUUCAAACAGCCCACAGAAUCACGGAUCAUGCAGAAUAAAUUUAUAAGAGGUAUGUAGAUUAGAAAUUUUGUUUAGCUGCUUUUCAAUUUUUACUCGAUCAAUACUUGGCUGCUUUGAAAUAUGACAUUGAGGUAACUCAAACUUAGUUAUUGGCAGUAUUCAUCGUUUUUGAAGUGCUGAUUUUUUUUGUGUAUUUCAUAGUUUGGUUACCGGCUGAGAUGAAAAUGACAAGAGACAUUUGGAGAACCAAGGGGUUGAUCUUGAUGAUUCCAUUGCGUGUGAUUUAGAAGAUUAAAAUGAUAAAAUCUUUCAUUGGCGUUUUGAUUCACAGCUAAGAUUAGUGA